CGCCACCGGGGCCCGGCGCGCUGCGCGCCCGCUCCCGGCCCCGCUCCCGGCCCCGCGCGCUGCCGCCGCCGCCGCCGCGCUCCCCCGGGCGCGCCCGGGCACCGGCUGCCACCGCCACCGCCGCCGCCGCUCGGGGAUGGCCAGCCCGCUGCUCGCCGCGCCGCGCCGGGGCUACACGCGCUGCUAACGGAGCGCAGGGCAAAUGCCAUAGGAUGACCGCUGCUGGUCCCCUCUUACUGGCUGUGAUUUCGUCUGUCCUGUGGCUCACGCGGGGCUUCGACCCGGCUCCCAGCGCCUGCUCCGCCCUGGCCUCCGGCGUCCUCUACGGCUCCUUCUCCCUCAAGGACCUGUUCCCCACCAUCUCCUCGGGCUGCUCCUGGACCCUGGAGAACCCCGACCCCACCAAGUACUCGCUCUACCUCCGCUUCAACCGGGAGGAGCAGGUCUGCACGCACUUCUCGCCCAUGGUGCUGCCGCUCGACCACUACCUGGCCAACUACACCUGCGACCCGCGGGGCGAGGCCAGCCCCGCGCCCGCCCGCCCGCGCCCCGAGCAGCCGCAGGAGGACGAGGAGGACGAGGAAGCCGAGCUGGAGCUGUGCGAGGGCGCGGGGCCCUUCACCUUCCUGCACUUCGACAAGAACUUCGUGCAGCUGUGCCUGGCGGCCGAGCCCGAGGCGGCGCCGCGGCUGCUGGAGCCGCAGGCGCUGGAAUUCCGCUUCGUGGAGGUGCUGCUCAUCAACAACAACAACUCCAGCCAGUUCACCUGCAGCGUGCUGUGCCGCUGGCUCGAGGAGUGCCUGCAGGCUCCCGGUGCCCGCCGCUGCGGCUUCACCCACGCCGGCUGCAGCUGCCAGGCCGAGAGCCCUCCGGGCCCCCGGCGCGCCGGCACCCGCGCCCCGGCCCCCGCGCCCACCCCGGCGCCCGCCGCGCCCGACUGCUGCCCCACCGAGCUGCAUUCCGAGAAUGCCAACGAGCUCGACCUGCCCGAGGUGCCGCGCGGCAAUGCAGUCGAGGAGAACCAGAAGGUGAAGACCCAGUGGCCACGGUCAGCGGAUGAACCCGGGGUCUACAUGGCCCAGACAGGGGACCCUGCGGCGGAGGAGUGGUCGCAGUGGAGCGUGUGCUCCCUGACGUGCGGCCAGGGCUCCCAGGUGCGGACGCGCUCCUGCGUCUCCUCUCCGUACGGGACGCUGUGCAGCGGGCUGCUCCGGGAGACCCGCACCUGCAACAACACCGCCACCUGCCCAGUGGAAGGGCAGUGGCUGGAGUGGGGCGCCUGGAGCCGCUGCUCCGUCACCUGUGCCAACGGCACCCAGCAGCGGACGCGCAGGUGCAGCGUCUCGGCCCACGGCUGGGCCGAGUGCCGCGGGGCCCACGCCGACGCCCGGGAGUGCUCCAACCCCACCUGUCCCACAGACAGCAAGUGGGGUCCUUGGAACCACUGGAGCCUCUGCUCCAAGACCUGUGACACCGGCUGGCAGCGGCGCUUCCGCAUGUGCGAGGGCACGGGCAUGCAGGGCUACCCCUGCGAGGGCACCGGUGAGGAGGUGAAGACCUGCAACGAGAAGAAGUGCCCAGCCUACCACGAGAUGUGCAAGGACGAGUACGUGAUGCUGAUGACCUGGAAGAAGACGGCGGCCGGGGAGAUCAUCUACAACAAGUGUCCCCCCAACGCCACAGGGACUGCCAGCCGCCGGUGCCUGCUGAGCCCCCAUGGGGUCGCCUAUUGGGGUGUGCCCAGCUUCGCCCGCUGCGUCUCCCACGAGUACAGAUACUUGCAUCUCUCACUGCGGGAGCACCUGGCGAAGGGCCAGCGGGUGCUGGCAGGCGAGGGCAUGUCCCAGGUGGUGCGGAGCCUGCUGGAGCUCAUGGCCCGCAAGACCUACUACAGCGGGGACCUGCUCUUCUCCGUGGACAUCCUGCGCAACGUCACCGACACCUUCAAGAGGGCCACCUACAUCCCGUCCUCCGAGGACGUGCAGCGCUUCUUCCAGGUGGUGAGCUACAUGGUGGACGCCGAGAACCGCGACAAGUGGGAGGACGCCCAGCAGGUCUCUCCCGGCUCCGUGCACUUGAUGAAAGUGGUGGAGGACUUCAUCCACCUGGUUGGGAACGCGCUGAAGGCUUUCCAGAGCUCCCUCAUUGUCACCGACAACCUGGUGACCAGCAUCCAGCGGGAGCCCGUGUCGGCCGUGUCCAGCGACAUCAACUUCCCCAUGAAGGGCCGGCGGGGGAUGAAGGACUGGGCCCGCAGCUCCGAGGACAAGCUCUUCAUCCCCAGGGAGGUGCUGAGCCUCGCCUCGGCAGAAGCCGAGGAAUCGUCGCACUUCGUCAUCGGGGCGGUGCUGUACCGCACGCUGGGGCUCAUCCUGCCCCCGCCCAGGAGCCCCCUGGCCGUCACCUCCAAGGUGCUGACGGUGACGGUGCGCCCGCCCACCCGGCCCGCGGAGCCGCUCGUGCUGGUGGAGCUGUCCCACAUCAUCAACGGCACGUCCCACCCGCAGUGCGUCACCUGGGACUACUCGAGGACGGAUGCUGGCUUGGGAAACUGGGACACGGAGAGCUGCCAAACCCUGGAGACCCUCCCGGCGCACACCAAAUGCCAGUGCCGCCAGCUCGCCACCUUCGCCGUGCUCGCCCAGCUGCCCAGAGACCUGGCCAUGGACCCCUCGGGGACGCCGUCGGUGCCGCUGAUGAUCGGCUGCGCCGUGUCCUGCAUGGCCCUGCUGACCCUGCUGGUGAUCUACGCCGCCUUCUGGAGGUUCAUCAAGUCGGAGCGCUCCAUCAUCCUGCUCAACUUCUGCGUCUCCAUCCUGGCGUCCAACAUCCUCAUCCUCGUGGGCCAGUCCCAGAUGCUCAGCAAGGGCGUGUGCACCAUGACCGCCGCCUUCCUCCACUUCUUCUUCCUCUCGUCCUUCUGCUGGGUGCUGACCGAGGCCUGGCAGUCCUACCUGGCGGUGAUCGGCCGGAUCCGGACACGCCUGGUCAGGAAGCGCUUCCUGUGCCUGGGAUGGGGGUUGCCAGCCCUCGUGGUCGCCGUCUCCGUUGGCUUCACGCGGACCAAAGGCUACGGGACAGCCAGCUACUGCUGGCUCUCGCUGGAGGGCGGUCUGCUCUACGCCUUCGUGGGACCCGCUGCUGUCAUCGUGCUGGUGAACAUGCUGGUGGGCAUCAUCGUCUUCAACAAGCUCAUGUCCCGCGACGGCAUUUCAGAUAAGUCCAAAAAGCAGCGAGCUGGCUCCAAGCCCCCCCCGUGCGGCAGCCUGCUGCUGAAAUGCACCAAGUGCGGCGUGGUGUCCAGCGCGGCCAUGACCUCCGCCACCGCCAGCAGUGCCAUGGCAUCGCUGUGGAGCUCCUGCGUGGUCCUGCCUCUGCUGGCGCUGACCUGGAUGUCGGCCGUGCUCGCCAUGACCGACCGGCGCUCCAUCCUCUUCCAGGUCCUCUUCGCCGUCUUCAACUCCGUCCAGGGCUUCGUCAUCAUCACCGUGCACGGCUUCCUGCGCCGAGAGGUCCAGGACGUGGUGAAGUGUCAGGUGGGGGGGUGCAGGAGCGAGGAGAAUGAGAACUCGCCCGACUCCUGCAAGAACGGGCAGGUGCAGAUCCUGACAGAUUUUGAAAAGGACGUUGACCUGGCGUGUCAGACAGUGCUGUUCAAAGAGGUGAACACCUGCAACCCCGCCACCAUCACGGGCACCUUGUCCCGCAUCUCCCUGGACGGCGACGAAGACCCCAAGCUCAACACCACCUCGGAGGGCGGCCUGGGCUUCUCCAGCCUGCCCGGGAACAUCCCCCCCGCCAGCAUCCUGGUGCAGGUGCCCAAGAUGACACCCAACGUGGUGGCGGGUCUGACCGAGCUGGGCGAGCCGCCGGCGCAGCAGCUCAGCCUGGAGGCGCCGGGUCCCGUUUACCUGUGCACCGAGAGCAGCCUGAGGCCCCUGGAAUACGGCUGGAUCCGGGCCCCCGAGCCGCCCCGGGAGAGCGAUUACAUGAUGCUGCCCCGCCGCACCGGCAGCCUCAAGCCCUUCCCCCGGGAUGAGGGCACGCUCGGGGCCGGCACGGAGGAGGCGGUGCCCGGCGGGACGGGGCGCCCGGCGGCCGAAGGGGACGCCUAUCCCGGCUUUGUGGCCGUGGAUCACGUCAACGUGAACCUCAACCAGCCCUACGCGACGGUGAAGACGCCCUACGGCCUGCAGUUCAAGCAGCACCCCACGGUGAGGCAGAUCCUGGCCUCGGAGCUGUCGGAGCGCAGCCGCACCAUGCCCCGCACCGUGCCCGGCUCUGCCAUGAAAGUGGGGUCCCUGGAGAGGAAGAGGUUGCGGUACUCUGACCUGGACUUUGAGAAGGUGAUGCACACACGGAAACGCCACUCCGAGCUCUACCACGAGCUCAACCAGAAAUUCCACACGCUGGACCGGUACCGGGCUCCGUCCACCGGCUCCUCCAAGCGAGAAAAGCGGUGGAGCGUCUCCUCGGGCGGCGGGGACAAGAGCACGGGCAACGACGUGACCAGCCCCGAGGAGCAGCGGCCGAAGGCUCCGGCCGCGCCGCCCAAGCCAUGGAGCACGUUCAAGGCGAUGACACUGGGCUCGCUGCCCAGCGCCCAGCGGGACCGGCUGGAGCUGUGCCGGCCAGACUGGGACAGCCCCUGCGCCGGCCUGGACGCGGCCGACGGCGACUUCCAGACCGAGGUGUGAGCCCCGCGCCCGCCGCCGCCGCCGCCGCCCGUGCGCGGCCCCGCCAGCCGACGCGCCGGGUUUGCUCCGCGCUCCGGGGCAGCCGGGGGGUCCCUGCCUGGCCGGAGCCGCUGUCCCCCCCCGGGAGAGCCGCCUCCCACUCGUCCUCGCGCGGUUCCUCCUCCUGCCACCCCCAGGACGCGGGUGUGGAGGGGACCCCCGCACUUUCCCCGCCCCCAAAUGCUCACCCACGCUCACGCCUGCACCCCUCCCCCGGGGCAGGACCGGCCGUCGAGGCCCUCAGACCUUCGUUCUUUUCUACCGGGAUGUUUCUUCACGCCGUGCACCGUGUGCACGCGAGCGGCCGCCCCCCGGGACCCCCCCAACCCCGGGACCCCCGUGGCCGCCCCCUCCCAGCCCUCCCCACCGUCCCCACCCCACGGGGCAGGUGCUGUCGUUGUUGGAAAUAAAAGUUCACUCUCUGUGGUGCCGUGGG